GAGGAAUGCUUUUCUCUCUCAGGGACACAGACUGUGCAGUCUUCAACCUUUCCCUGAGGCUGCUCCUCCUGCUUUUCCUCUGACAAUCGAGAACACACACAAGUCUGCACUAACCAAAACAUUUCUCCCUGAGCCAGACGUGCUUUUAUCACAGGAGCCCUAAAGAUAUUUGAAGACAGAAUGUGUCUUUGUGUGUGUGCCUGUGCAUGCCGGGACAUGUGUGUAAAAGGAUGUGGGUUAAUCUUCAGAAGGUGAGCUGCCGAUGUUUGAUAGCUAAUCCCUUGUCAAGCCCCAUUAGUUGUCGCUAAUUGAACAAAUCCAACAGGCGCAAGCUGUGUAGCCAAAGCACAUGCUCGGGCUCUUUUAAAAACUUCUAACCCAAACAACACACUGAAAUAUACAUGUACAUUUAAAGUAUACUACAAGAAACUGAAGAGUAUUCACCAAAUAAAAUAUCAUUUCCUGUUAUUCUCUGUAACAUAGCGAGUGGAGCUUAAACAAUAACUGACUCUGACUGUUGAGCUUUGAUUCCAUGACAACCUGUUUAUGAAGGUCAAGUGUCUUUUGUACCAGACAAAUCUCUUAAAUUCACUUGUGACCCCGGUCUCUAACCUCACCGUCAGGUUCUUGCCAUCUCUAAUCUGAUUGGCUUGGUCUUUGUUCCUGACCAGGUAGGCCCCGCCCUCAGGCUUUAGCCUCUGAGCUGACGUUUAUCCCAGGACACACACCAUAAUCUGCUGUCUGCUUUUUAAUGUAUGUGGGGGGGUCAGUGUGUGUGUGUGUCGGUGUGUGUGUGUUAUCUAUUGUUGUCACUUUGUUUCUUCCUAAAAGCUCCAGCGUGACCUUUUUGUGUAGGUUUGAGUGGCUUUUUUCAGGGGUGUUGUGCUCAUGAAUCAGUGAUGCUGUUUCGAACACAUGUCAGUAGGAUAUGGAGACUGACAGACAAGCUGCCGAGGAUUUGACAACAACAGGCAGAACUGUUUCCUGAGGCCUGACCGAGCUCAGGAAUGGCCCUUACUGACCUAAAAUGGAGUUUGUCUCAGCCCAAGACUCUCAUCUGCACUCUGAUGGUCUUCCUGAGUCUGCACACAGUCACAGGAAUGUCCGGGUGGGAUGGAUGUUUGGAUGGUCAGGAUGUAUUUGCAACAGUCAGAGAAAACAGCCUUUCGGGAGAAGUUGUUGCUGAACUCAUGGCUGACACCACAAUAGAGGGGGUUCACUGGAGCCUGGAUGGGAAAGAUGCUGAUUGGUUCCUGUUGGACGGAAGAAACAUCCGGCUAAACACAUCAGCUGAGAAGAUCCUCGACCGAGAGGCACAGGGUCCUGUCCUGAUGGCUGAACUGUCGUGUUAUGAGGAGGACACACUUCAGAGUGUGUAUAGGAUCAUGGUGGAGAUUCUCAAUGAGAAUGAUAAUUCACCUGUGUUUGCGGAAGACACUGUCCAGUCUCUUAUUAUCAGUGAGCUGACUCCAGUGAAUACACUGGUCUUUACUGUCCAUGCAACAGACGCAGAUAACGACAAGAUCAUUUACUCAAUUGACCAGACAUCACCUGAUGCAGAGUACUUCAAAGUCGAUCUUCCAAACAGUGGAGAGGUGAUCCUGUCUAAGCCUCUAGACUAUGAGACUAAAAUUCUGCUUACUGUCACCAUCCAUGCCUCGGAAAUGAGCACCGCUGAACGCUUCAACACCAGCACCACCAUCACCAUCACCGUCCUGGAUGGAGAUGACCAGUACCCACAGUUCCUGCCCUGCACGCUACUCUUUCAGGAUGAGGCCAAUCGUAUCUGUACCAGCCCUGUGUACACAGUCAACGUCACAGAGGGGGAAGAGGACAUUGUUUUGGACUUCUCUCCUGGUCCCAUUCAUGCAGUAGAUGGAGACAGAGGACUCAGCUCCUCACUUAGCUAUGCCAUCCUCUCAGGAGACGAUGAUGGGCGUUUCCUGAUGGACACAGUGACAGGAGAGGUGAGAAUGACUCAAGCGGUGAGGGACAGACUCACAACUCCAGCGCUGCAUCUUCAGAUCAUGGCAUACCAAGACGACGACCCCAGGAAGUACUCUCUUGCUACUGUGUUGGUCCGUGUGAUGGCAGUGAACCAGUUUUACCCACAGUUUGACAGGGCUGAAUAUAAUGGCUUUGUAACGGCAGAUAAGAGUCCCGCCUCUCUGGUCAAUACCUACGGCAGCAAAGCACUGAUGUUACAUGUACAGGACCAGGACUUUAACAAUGGAUUCAAUCCCAUGAUCUACUUCACCUUCAGCCCCAAAUCCAAUCACACAGACAUCUACCAAGUCACACAGGAGGGGCUUCUGAUUGCCAGGACCAAUGAGCUCAAGCCAAAACAGAAACACUUUCUCGAGAUAAUGGCUAUAGACCAGGAGUCAGGUGAUGCCACCUUUGCUACUGUGGUGGUGGAGGUGUUAUCUGAAGGACAAUCAAUCCCUCUCAGUCCACUGGGAGAUGACCGUGUGAUAAGCUGCACUGUGGGCAAAGCGAUGUUUCUGAGCAUGGUGUUCAUGAGCGUACUUGGAUGUAUCCUAUGUCUGGUGAUGUGGCUGAAGAAGAAACACAAAGGGCAGAGGAGCCCGCUGGAGAGAGGCUGUGUGGCUCAGGGCAAACACCCCAAUGUGAGCUUACGAUGGUUCCAACUGGUGAGUCAUCGCAGUGCCAUGCCACAGAUGGAAGAAAUACCCUUCAGCAAUGAAGAAUAUGGCACCUGCAACCCUUCCUUCAGCUUCACGGACAAACCUGGUAUCUACACACCAAAACAAGACCUCCCAUUGUGCCCAGGACCCGUUCCACCCAAAACAAAUGCUGCACCUGACAUCAGUUUCAUCCCAACCGAAACUGUGCGCAGCCCCGUGAUCUUCAAUAACAAUGUUCCUACACCAACCAAAAUCCGCUGUCGCCCGCCCACCUUUCACCCACCCGCUGUGGAAGUGAUCCAGACUGUAGGUGCUCCUCCACCCCAAGACAACCCCAGCUCACCGACCCCUCCACCUGACACAACCCCGGACCCCACUGAGGCCCUACCUGACAUCAGCCCUUCCACUUCACCACCUCCCAGCUGUCCUGAUUCACAGGCAAACACCAGCGAUGACCCUACUGAACCCGUUACCAACCCCUCCUCUCAGCCCUCUCCAUCUAGUGUGCCAUGCAGUCAUCCCCAAAUCGCUUCAGCAGAGACAGACAAACCUUUCAGCAAACCUCGCGUGAAUACACCCCCAAACCGUCCACAUUCACCUUCAGAGUCCUCACCCCUCCCAGAGCAGACGAGCACACCUCCGCCCUCCCCAGAGCAUGCACCUUUAAAAGCCAAGCUGGUACAUAUAGAUACGUCUCCCGUUGAAACACCACCAGUAACACCAGGGGGAACAUCUGUGACUCUAAGCGUAGAGGCAGACCAACCCUCUACAUCACUGGACCUACCAGACCAACCAGAGCAGCCGGAUGAUGCAGCAGAGGCCUCAUCUCAGGACAGAAGGCUCUCGACGAUCUCAGGAAACACCCAGGACAGCCAAGGGGUGGUGCAUGAGGAGGACGAUGGUUUUCUGGGAGAUGAAGAUGCAGACAAGAACAGUGAGGGUGAGGAGUUAGAUCCAGAUGAAGAAGAGCUGCUGAGAGUUAUGGCUCGUUGUAAUCCCAUUUUUAUCACAUUUAAUAAGUGAUGUCACUAUAAUAUCACAGGUACUGUGAGCGGCGGGGUGGACAACAGAGAGUGGAGGUGGUAAGGUGAAGAUGGGUUGACACAGACAGAGGACACAUCAUCGAGCAAGAAACACCUGUAUGUGGUUCUGCUGAACUAUAGGUAUUGGCGAGGCACGGAAAUGGACAGAAUAUACGCACAAGAUACACAGAUACACUGUAAAAACACACAAUUAAGAAGAUGAAUUAUAAUACAACACAUAUUAGCUUAGAUGACAGGAAUGAGUGACCUUGAAAGCACGAUGCACAGUUAAAAAACGAUCUUUUAAACAAAUGUAUAAAUUAUGAUUUUUAAGGCUCCAGCAUAUUCUCACAUUAUAAGGUUAGCACAGUACUACCCUGUCAUGACUCACAAUAUAUUGUCUUUGAUUGUUUACGAAUAAUAAGAUUGUAUUUUUUUUUUUUUCAAGGGUGAAUCCACAAAAAAAUCAUGUAGAGUGGAAAUUUGCAGCGUCACUGCUCUUGUGUUGAAAAAGCCAGUCACUGAUGAGACGGUUGGUGUUGCAACACAAUGCGAUUUUGUCAUAGAUGUGCAGCUUCUUCAAAAUUUAAACGCACGGAGAACAAGCAACAGCGACAGUUUUUUUUUGGCGCUCUGUGUGGUUUAGUGUGGAUUUAUCCUUUAAAUAGCUGCAGAUUCUGUUCAAAACUCUCAUCUAGUGUACUGCAGCAUUGAUUGUUUUGUUAUGCCUACUCUACAAGCUGCCUCAGUUUUUUUCUUUGAACGUGAGUAAAG